AUGUUGUCACUUCACUAUGACGAAGAUGAUGAUGAUAAUAAUAAUGAUGAUUAUGGCGGUGCGACAAUUAACGAUGAUAUAAAUCAAAGAUUGACUUCAAGGAUACCUGUACAAGCACCUAUUCAACUUUCAUUAGAAUAUGAUGAUGACGAUGAUGAUGACAAUGACAAUGACAAAAUAGUAUUCAGAUACCAAACAACAAGUAACACUCCAAUUAAAACUCCACCACCACCAUCAUCAUCACCAUUCACUCCAUCAAAAACAAUUAAUAAUAAUAAUAAUAAUAAUCAUAAUAUAGUCAAUUCCAAUUCUAAUUCCAAACCAAAUAAUAAUAAUGAUAAUGUUUUUAAAAUGCCAAUUGGUCCACCAACAAAAAAACCACAACAACAACAAGUUAUAACUACAAAGACUAAUGGUAAUGGCAUUGGAAAUGGUAGCCGUGGGAAAAGGGAUCCAGGAUUAAAAUUUAAUGAAGAGAAUUUAUCAAAAUUGGAUGCUAAAAUAUUUGAUGAUGAUGACGAUGAUGAUUCAUACUUGGUUGCAGCAGCAGCUGCUUCCACAACUACUUCUACUACCUCUACAACAACAACAACAGAUCAACAACAAACCAACAAUACAACAACAGAUCAACAACCAGUAAAUAAUUAUGAUUAUCAAAAAACAGUACCAUUUUCAAUAUUUUGUGAAUUGUUGGAAAGAGUUUCAAAGGAUUCAAAACACACUGAUAAAAAGAAACAUUUAUCUAAAUUCUUUUCAAAUUACAAAGAUAAUAAUUUCUUUCCUUUAUUAAGAUUAUUUUUACCUCAUUUGGAUAAAGAAAGACAAACAUAUGGAUUAAAAGAAAAAACAUUGGCAAAAUUUUAUGUUGAAAUAUUGGGUAUUAGUCCAACUAGUUUAGAUGCAACUAGAUUAGUUAAUUGGAAGAAAUCAACAAAUGAUGAAAUUGGAGGAGAUUUUGGUAUGUCUGUUUAUUUAUCACUUAGAAAUAGAUGUAUUCAAAAGGGUAGAUUGUCAAUGGGUGAUGUUAAUAUAUCAUUGGAUCAUUUGAACAAAUCAAUGGAUCGAAAGGAAAAGUUGAGAGUUUUGAAAAGGGUGUUGCGUUAUACCACCUGUUUGGAACAAAAGUGGUUUGUUCGAAUUAUACUCAAAGAGAUGAAGAUGGGAUUGUCUGAAAAGACAGUACUCAACUUUUUCCACAGUGAUGCUAUGGCCAUGUUUAAUGUCAGUUGUAACCUGAGAAAGGUGUGUGAAGAUCUGAGUGACGCCCGUCGUCUCUAUGGUAGUGGAAAUACUGGCGGGUUUGUAACGGAUCCUUCCAAGAUAACACUUUUCCAACCGAUUAAACCAAUGCUAGCGGAUCGUAAACCGAUGGACAGUGUCAUGAAAGUGCUGGGAGACCACCCGUUCAUGGUCGAGACCAAAAAGGACAAAUGGAUCAAGAUCAAGCCCGAGUAUCUGGAUGGCGUUGGAGAUGACCUCGACUUGGUCAUUAUCGGCGGGUACUAUGGCAGCGGGGUUGGUCGACGCGGUGGCACAGUCUCGCACUUUAUGUUGGGUGUCCAAGUCAAAGAUCCCGACUUGCAACUAUCCAACUCGAGUAGUGACACCCCACUAUUUUAUUCUUUUUGCAAGGUUGGCAGUGGGUACUCGGACGAGGAACUCAAGAAGCUGCAAAAGGCACUGGAGCCACACUGGAUGCCGUAUCGGACGUCGUCGCCGCCAUCGCACAUUCUGCUGGCCGAGCCGCACCGCGAAAAGCCCGAUCUCUGGAUCGACCCGCGUGUCUCUAAAGUGCUGCAAAUCAAAGCGGCUCAAAUCCUGCCAACUGAAAAGUACCGCACUGGCUACACACUCCGGUUCCCGCGUGUCAUCAAGAUUCGCGAUGACAAGCCGUGGGACGAGUGCUUGGAUUUCGGCGCCAUGCUCAGUCUUGCGACCGAGUUUGAGGGUCGUUAUGCCAAGCGCAAGUAUACUAUGGGCGACGACGGGGACGGCGAUGGAGGUGGAGGUGGAGGGGGACGCAAGACCAAACGCAAAAAAAAGACAAAUCCUGACGGCACCCCCAUCGCAAGUACCGCCAAAGGCAAGAAAAAGACGACUCUCUUGUCCAUCUUUCAAGACACUGAUACUAGCCAUAUACUACCAUCCAACAAUAUAUUUAUGGGUGUUGAGUUUUGUGUCAUUAAUGGGGAUUCCCGAACAUCGCUAGUUGCAAGCAAAGCAAGACUCGAAACACUGAUCGUCGAGAAUGGCGGUACUAAAGUGCAAUACCCGUCACCUGCCACCACCAAAUACGUCGUGUCGUCACGCGAGGUUGUUAAAAUCCAAAACCUUAUACACGACGGUCACUUUGACAUUGUACAUUACCAAUGGCUGUUGGACUGCAUUCAAGAGGGGAAAGUGCUUCCUCUUUCACCAAAGUAUAUGAUUUAUACAACCAACAAGACCAAACAACUAUUGUUACAAGAUAUCGAUCGAUUUGGAGACUCCUUUACACAAGAUACAACAGUCGAUGAGUUACUAGACUCUUUUAAUCAAAUUACAAAACAAAAGGUUCAAACAUCUUCCAACGUACCAUUUAUCAUUCCUUCAAAUUUGGAAAUUAAAUCAUCAAAACAAAUUCAACAAAUUGAAUCAAAGUAUAUGACAACAAAAGAAGAUGGAGAAGAUGGAGAGGAUAGAGUAGAAGACUUCAAACCAAAUAGUAAUUGGUGGUCUUUAUUUAGAGGUAUAACUAUUUAUUUAGAUAGAUAUAAUGUUAUUGGAGAGGAAAGUACAAUCACAGAAAGUAAUACAAUGGAAUUGGUUAGUCAUUUAUUAACAUUUUAUGGUGGAGUCGUUACAAGUCAAUUUGAUGAUAAUUUGGAUUAUGUUGUUGUCGAUUCCUCUGAUUCUACCAGAUUGCAAUUCAUCAAUACAAAAAUUAAAAGAUUAAAAUCAGAGAAUGAAAAGACUGUUGAAAUAGUUUCAGUGAAAUGGAUUAAACAAUGUAUAGUUGAAAAAAUGAUACUUUCUCAUGAUACUUUAUUAUCAGAAUAA